CUCGCGCUCCAGAUAUCCACCAGCACGCAAUUUCCGGCGUGUGGGUUGAUGUUUCUGUCUGCAGCGGAAGUGCUUGUGGGUGGAUGUCUGGAGUGUGUUGGUGGAUGUCUGCAGCCAGACCCCUCUCUCAUGUUGAGGAAACGAAACCUAAAGCACCCCGACGUGUAAACUGUUCUCUCUUUCAGGAGAUAAUAACACGCAUUAAAUAGUCCGACAGACAGAAACAACAACAAGGAAUGGCCUCUGCCAACGCUUCCUGGUCUGAAGAGAACCUUUCAUGUUCCAUCUGUCUAGAUGUGUUCAACAGUCCAGUUUCUACACCAUGUGGACACAACUUCUGCAGAACCUGUAUUACAAAGUACUGGGAUGAACAAGUCAAGUUCAAAUGUCCCGUUUGCAACAAGCUUUUUGACACAAGACCUGAUCUACAGGUCAAUACCCUCUUUUCAGAGAUGGUUGAUCGAUUUGGAACGUCCGUACGAGUAAAAGAGCAGCCUUGUGUUGAACCAGCAGAAGUCCCCUGUGACGUCUGUACUGGGACCCAGCUGAAGGCCGUGAAGUCCUGCCUAGUGUGUUUUAUCUCUUACUGCCAAACCCACCUGGAGCCACAUCAGAGAGUCGCAGUCCUGAAGAAACAUCGGCUGGUCGAGCCAAUGGACCGUAUGGAAGACAGGAUGUGUAAGAAACACGACAGACUUCUGGAGCUUUUCUGUCAGACUGAACAGUUGUGUGUGUGUCAGUUCUGCACAGAGACAGACCACAAGUUCCAUCCUGUUGUACCUCUUAAGGAGGAAUAUGAAGUGAAGAUGGCCCAGCUGGGGAAGAUAGAGGCUGAAGUCCAGCAAAUGAUCCAAGAGAGACUAAAUAAUAUUCAGGAGAUUAAAAACACAGUCAAACACAGCAAAGCAGAUGCAGACAGAGAGAUAGCCGAUGGUGUGCACAUCCUCACUGCACUGAUGCGCUGCAUUGAAAAGUGUCAUGAUGAUCUGAACCAUAUGAUUAAAGAGAAACUAAAAUCCACAGAGAAACAAGCUGAAGACCUCAUCAAAGAGCUGGAGCAGGAAAUAGAAGAUCUGACAAAUAGAAGCUCAGAGGUGAAGCAGCUCUCACACACUGAAGACCACCUCCACUUCCUCCAGGCCUUCAGAUCCCUGAAGGAUCCUCCACCCACCAGGGACUGGACCACGGUGGAGGUCCGUCCUCCGUCAUACGUAGGGACCUUGAGGAGAUCCCUUGAUCAGCUGGAGGAGACACUGAACAUGGAGAUGAAGAAGCUGCGUGAUGCUGAACUGAAGAGGGUCCAGCAGUAUGAAGUAGAUGUGACUCUGGAUCCUGAUACAGCUCAUCCCUGUCUCAUCCUGUCUGAGGAUGGGAAACAAGUACAUGAGGGAGAUGUGAGGAAGGUCCUCCGAGACAACCCUAAGAGAUUUACAAAGAGUAUAUGUGUUCUCACAAUGCAGAGCUUCUCAGGGAGAUUUUACUUUGAGGUUCAGGUUAAAGACAAGACUGCGUGGUAUGUAGGAGUGGCAAGAGAGUCCAUCAACAGUAAAGAUCUGAUCAUAGAGAUCCCCGAGAAUGGUUACUGGACUCUCUACUCCAACAAGGAUGGGUUGGUAUUUAAAGAUGACCCUUCUGUCCGUCUCCCUCUGAGAGCUGAGCUCCAGAAGGUGGGGGUGUUUGUUGAUUAUGAUGAGGGUCUGGUCUCCUUCUACGAUGUGGAAGCCAGGGUUCAUAUCUACUCUGCUACUGGCUGCAGCUUUACAGAGCCUCUCUAUCCAUUCCUCAGUCCAGGUUUCUAUAAUUAUGAAGGUAUAAACUCUGCCCCCCUGAUCAUCUCACCUGUCAAUCAUAACUCUGGGCUCUGCCAUGUGCAGAAAUACUCAGACGACACUGCGAUAGUUGGCUGUAUCAAGGAUGGAAGGGAGGGAGAGUACAGGAGCCUGGUUGAGGACUUUGUGAGGUGGUGCAGGUCCAACCAUCUGCAGCUGAACUCCUCCAAGACCAAGGAGAUGGUGGUGGACUUCAGAAGGAAGAAACCACAUCUCCUACCCGUGUCCAUCGAGGGGGUCGAUGUGGAGGUGGUCAGGACCUAUAAAUAUCUGGGACUGCAGCUGGACGACAAGCUGGACUGGACUAUGGCCUCUGCUAACACAUCCGGGUCUGAAGAGAACUUUUCAUGUUCCAUCUGUCUAGAUGUGUACAACAGUCCAGUUUCCACACCAUGUGGACACAACUUCUGCAAAACCUGUAUUACAAAGCACUGGGAUGAAAAAGUCCAGUUCAAGUGCCCUCUUUGCAACAAGGCUUUCAAAAGAAAACCUGAUUUACGGAUUAAUACCCUCUUAUCAGAGCUGGCCGCUCAGUUUCAAACAUCCAAACGAGUAAAAUAUCAGGUCUGUGUUAAACCUGGGGAAGUUCCCUGUGACGUAUGUACUGGGACCCAGCUGAAGGCUGUGAAGUCCUGCCUAGUGUGUUUUAUCUCUUACUGCCAAACCCACCUGGAGCCACAUCAAAGAUUCCCAGUUCUUAAGAAACAUCGGCUGGUCGAGCCUAUGGACCGUCUGGGAGACAUGAUGUGUAAGAAACACGACCGACUUCUGGAGCUCUUCUGCCAGACUGAACAGGUGUGUGUGUGUCAGCUCUGCACAGAGACAGACCACAAGUCCCAUCCUGUUGUACCUCUAAAGGAGGAAUAUGAAGUGAAGAUGGCCCAGCUGGGGAAGAUAGAGGCUGAAGUCCAGCAGAUGAUCCAGGAGAGACUAAAUAAUAUUCAGGAGAUUAAAGACACAGUUAACCGCAGCAAAGCAGAUGCAGACAGAGAGAUAGCCGAUGGUGUGCACGUCCUCACUGCUCUGAAGCGCUCCAUUAAAAAGUACCAGGAUGACGUCAACCGAAUGGUUAAAGAGAAACUGAAAUCCACUGAGAAACAAGCUGAAGACCUCAUCAAAGAGCUGGAGCAGGAAAUAGAAGAUCUGACCAAUAGAAGCUCAGAGGUGAAGCAGCUCUCACACACUGAAGACCACCUCCACUUCCUCCAGGCCUUCAGAUCCCUGAAGGAUCCUCCACCCACCAGGGACUGGACCACGGUGGAGGUCCGUCCUCCGUCAUACGUAGGGACCUUGAGGAGAUCCCUGGAUCAGCUGGAGGAGACACUGAACAUGGAGAUGAAGAAGCUGCGUGAUGCUGAGUUGAAGAGGGUCCAGCAGUAUGAAGUAGAUGUGACUCUGGAUCCUGAUACAGCUCAUCCCCGUCUCAUCCUGUCUGAGGAUGGGAAACAAGUACAUGAUGGAGGUGUGAGGAAGGAACUCCCAGACAACCCUAAGAGAUUACCAAAAAACAUAUGUGUUCUCACGAGGCAGAGCUUCUCCUCAGGUAGAUUUUACUUUGAGGUCCGGGUUAAAGACAAGACUGCGUGGUAUAUAGGAGUGGUCAGAGAGUCCAUCGACAGAAAAGAUCUGAUCAUAGUGACCCCUGAGACGGGUUACUGGACUCUCUUCUCCUACAAGGAUAGGUUGGUAUUUAAUGAUAACCCUGAUGUCCGUCUCCCUCUGAGAGCUGGGCUCCAGAAGGUGGGGGUGUUUGUUGAUUAUGAUGAGGGUCUGGUCUCCUUCUAUGAUGUGGAAGCCAGGGUUCAUAUCUACACUGCUACUGGCUGCAGCUUUACUGAGCCUCUCUAUCCACUCCUCUGUCCAUGGUCCUGGAGAUAUGGAGGUAACAACUCUGCUCCCCUGAUCAUCUCACCUGUCAAUCAAACAGACUAGGACCUUUGUUUGAUGAUAAAAUAAUCAAACGACCAAAACAACUAAUGCUGUUUCAUGAAUUAGAAUCUCUACCAUGUGAGAUCUGAGAGAACUGUAUCCAUAUCUUACUGCUGUCAUAGAACAAGGGGUGAUUCAGUAGGAAGUUAACCCUGACUAUUAUAAAUGAUAAC